AUGUCUACGCGUCCUACGACACCGGCCUCUCCGAAGAAUGCCAAAGUCAAGUCACCGGUUCCUGGAAUACCAAUGUUUGGGUGUGAACAUGUCCAACUUCUACUGUCCCAGGGUCAAGAAGUCAUGAAUAGCUCCAUUGCACAUUACAAAAUGAUACUCCGUGGUAUCUUCGACUCGACCCCGAUUGUCCCUCAGACAUCAACGAACCAGGAAGGUCGACCAAUUACAUCAUUGACAUCGAACUAUCUCUGCCUCCAGUGUCCAACUACUGUCACUGAAGAAGACCGUCUUAGACAUGGAACAAAAAAAUCUCACAGGUUCUAUGUGGAUUCCCGAAGCGGAUCUCUGUAUUGCCAGAUAUGUGAUGACCUCGUGUGGGACCCGACGUUAGAAGAACUUCGUGUGCGCAAGAUCGGGACAGGUUCAUUCUCAGACUUUUACGCUCUGGAGAACACCAACGGGUACACUGCCGCAAACAUACUAUCAGGCUUCUGGAUAUCGGAGAAAAAGGCAUUUGAAAAUCUUGUCACUACGAGGGAGCAAGAUGCUCAUGAGUUUUUCCAGUUUCUGGCAGAGGAACUUCAUGAGCGCAAUGGUGACGGAAAGAGACCAGAGAUUGGUUCCGAGCAUAGUUGCAACUGUAUCAUUCAUCAAACAUUUUAUGGUAAGAUGCAGACGACAACAACUUGCCAGAACUGCAAAGGCACCACAAACACAGUACAGUCUUUCUUAGAUCUCAGCUUGGGCUUGGACACUUUGAUGCAGCGAAAGGCCAAGAAAACUGGACAAAAAGCACCAGUUUUGACAUUGAAUGAUUGUCUAGAUGAGGAAUAUGUCAAAUUUGACAAAUGCGAGUAUAGGUGUCACAGCUGCUCAUCCACUCAACAAGCAAAGAGAUAUACAAGCAUCAAACGACUACCCAACGUCCUUUCGAUACAGCUUAAGCGUUUUGAAUACAAGCAAGGCAGACAUGAUCGAGCCGCAUCCAAGAUCGACCACACGGUUCAGUUUCCGUUGCAACUGAACAUGCUGCCUUAUACGAACAGAGGUCGCAGCCGGGAUAACCGCGAAACCUUGGAGUUGGAGAGAUCAUGUAUGUAUGAUCUCUUGAGUGUUAUAGUGCACGUCGGAGAAAUCGAGACUGGUCAUUAUGUAUCGUACUGUCGUGUCGGCGAUCAGACUGCCAACGGCAAAUCCCGUAUGUAA